UCGCAGCGCUGCGGCUGAGAACGCUUCUCUGGGAGGCCGGCAGCCUCGGGGUGCCAGUAUGUAAAGCAGCUGGCGGGGCUGGGCGGAACCUGAGGGCGAUGCAAAUGAUGGAGGCGGGGUCUGCCCGCGGCUCCGCCUCCCUCCCCCGCAGCUGGGGCCAGCGGUGCCAAGCGCAGCUGGUCGAGUGGCGGCAGCUGGGCGAGUGACAGCCCCAGCUCCGCGCGCCGCGGCCGCCAGAGCCGGCGCAGGGGAAGCGUCCGCGGCCCCGGGCGGCAGAGCGGCCGCCUUCUCCCGCGCCUCCCGGGCCCGCAGCCCGCGGUACCGCGGCCCCUGGCCGGCACCUCUCGUGCUCCCGCUCCCCGCGCGCAAGAUGGCUGACCCGGCUGCGGGGCCGCCGCCGAGCGAGGGCGAGGAGAGCACGGUGCGCUUCGCCCGCAAAGGCGCCCUCCGGCAGAAGAACGUGCACGAGGUGAAGAACCACAAAUUCACAGCCCGCUUCUUCAAGCAGCCCACCUUCUGCAGCCACUGCACCGACUUCAUCUGGGGCUUCGGGAAGCAAGGAUUCCAGUGCCAAGUCUGCUGUUUUGUCGUGCACAAGCGGUGCCAUGAGUUUGUCACUUUCUCCUGCCCAGGCGCUGACAAGGGUCCAGCCUCUGAUGACCCCCGAAGCAAACACAAGUUCAAGAUCCACACAUACUCCAGCCCCACGUUUUGUGACCACUGUGGGUCACUGCUGUAUGGACUCAUCCACCAGGGGAUGAAAUGUGACACCUGUAUGAUGAACGUCCACAAGCGCUGCGUGAUGAACGUCCCCAGCCUCUGCGGCACAGACCACACGGAGCGCCGCGGCCGCAUCUACAUCCAGGCCCACAUCGAGAGGGAGGUCCUUAUCGUUGUCGUAAGAGAUGCUAAAAACCUUGUACCUAUGGACCCUAAUGGCUUGUCAGAUCCUUACGUGAAACUGAAACUGAUUCCUGAUCCCAAGAGUGAGAGCAAGCAGAAGACCAAAACCAUCAAGUGCUCCCUCAACCCUGAGUGGAACGAGACAUUUAGAUUCCAGCUGAAAGAGUCGGACAAAGACAGAAGACUGUCUGUAGAGAUUUGGGAUUGGGAUCUGACCAGUAGGAAUGACUUCAUGGGAUCUUUGUCAUUUGGGAUUUCUGAACUGCAGAAAGCUGGUGUUGAUGGCUGGUUUAAGUUACUGAGCCAGGAGGAAGGCGAGUACUUCAACGUACCUGUGCCACCAGAAGGCAGUGAGGGCAACGAGGAACUGCGGCAGAAAUUUGAGAGGGCCAAGAUCAAUCAGGGGACCAAGGCUCCUGAAGAAAAGACGACUAACACCAUAUCCAAAUUUGACAACAACGGGAACAGGGACCGGAUGAAACUGACUGAUUUUCACUUCCUGAUGGUGCUUGGAAAAGGCAGCUUUGGCAAGGUCAUGCUCUCAGAGCGGAAGGGCACAGAUGAGCUCUACGCCGUGAAGAUCCUGAAGAAGGACGUGGUGAUCCAAGAUGAUGACGUGGAAUGCACGAUGGUAGAGAAGCGGGUGCUGGCCCUGCCCGGGAAGCCGCCCUUCCUGACCCAGCUGCAUUCCUGCUUCCAGACCAUGGACCGCCUGUACUUUGUGAUGGAGUAUGUGAAUGGUGGUGACCUCAUGUACCACAUCCAACAAGUGGGCCGGUUCAAGGAACCUCACGCUGUAUUUUAUGCUGCAGAAAUUGCCAUCGGUCUGUUCUUCUUACAGAGCAAGGGCAUCAUUUACCGAGACCUGAAACUUGACAAUGUGAUGCUGGAUUCUGAGGGUCACAUCAAGAUCGCUGAUUUCGGCAUGUGUAAGGAAAACAUCUGGGACGGAGUGACAACCAAGACCUUCUGUGGCACUCCAGACUACAUCGCCCCUGAGAUAAUUGCUUAUCAGCCCUAUGGGAAGUCCGUGGAUUGGUGGGCAUUCGGAGUCCUGCUGUAUGAGAUGUUGGCUGGGCAGGCACCCUUUGAAGGGGAGGAUGAAGAUGAACUCUUCCAGUCUAUCAUGGAACACAACGUGGCUUAUCCAAAGUCCAUGUCCAAGGAAGCUGUGGCCAUCUGCAAAGGGCUGAUGACGAAACACCCGGGCAAACGUCUGGGUUGUGGACCUGAAGGUGAACGUGACAUCAAAGAGCACGCGUUUUUCCGGUAUAUUGACUGGGAGAAGCUUGAACGCAAAGAGAUUCAACCCCCGUAUAAGCCGAAAGCUUGUGGGCGAAAUGCUGAAAACUUCGACCGAUUUUUCACCCGCCAUCCACCAGUCCUAACACCUCCUGACCAGGAAGUCAUCAGGAAUAUUGACCAAUCAGAAUUCGAAGGAUUUUCCUUUGUUAACUCUGAAUUUUUAAAACCUGAAGUCAAGAGCUAAGUAGAUGUGUAGAUUUCCGUCCUGCAUUUCUGUCGUUCAAGCUCAACGGCUAUUGUGGUGACAUUUUUUUUUUUUUUAAUUGCAAAGUUGCAUCCAUGUUUUAUUUGCUGAUGAAACUAGAGUGACCAUGUUUCAGGACCCAAAUGUCCUCAGGUAGUUUGGACCAUCUCUGUGAGAUGGGAUUAUGCAGAUGGCAUGUUGAAAAUGUGGCUGCAUAAUUAGCACAUUAUCAAAGUCCUUUUAGCACUUAUUUUCCCCAGCAUGUCAGUGAAGUAGGUCCAGUGGGGACAGAACAUGCCUGCUUUCUUCCCUUUUUUUCCUGCGCUGCCAUUUUCACACAUUUUCCAAUCCCAACCAUCCAAUCUAGAUUUUUCCUGCCAAACAAGUGGAUAAUCGGAUGCUAGCAGUAUUCUUCCACUUCUGGACUUGGAGCUUGGCUUGUAUCCAAGUAGGUGGUUGCUUUGACUUAGAGGGAGUUUCCUCCAUUCUGCCUGGUUUGGAGGUACUGGGAGCUUUGAACAGAACAUGCUAAAAAUAAAAUUUUAUUUGUUAUUUUUUAAAACUCAAAGUUCAGAAGAUUAUCUAAGCCCUUUUAAAACUCCAAGAGUGUGCUUUGAGACAGUUUCAAUCUAAGGGCACCUCAAGGAGUCAUAAGCCAACCAGCUUGGGCGCUACCUCAACGCUGUAAGCUCUGAUUCCCUGUGUCCCCAAUCACCUUCAUCCCCAAACUACUUGAAAAGGGCAUUUGGACCCACUCCCUGAAAAGACAUGGUCACUUUAGCAAGGUCCUGAAGGGCCAUGGUUUUACAUUACAUUUCAAAGUUUAUUUGCUUUGGGGUUUUAUUUCUGUUGUUGUUCAAAUGCAAAAAAAAAGAAAAUUACUCUUGUUACACAUGCUUUGAAAUACGUGUCCAAAUGUUAUUAACCACAAUGACCUGCUUUGAUUUACCAAGAAGACGGCCCUGGAGCCUGGCAGACCCGUGCCUGCGUGGAUGGGAUUUGUCUAGGUCUGUUGUUGGCUUCGGAAAGCUAAUUAAGUGCUCUGAGAAAGACCAUUUCUUGAAAGCAUAGACAGUCGUAUUCCUCACUUUGAUGUUGUUUUGCAAGAUGUUUGCGGAAAUGUUCGUAUCUGGAUGUCUGUUAUGUGCCAUUUUUCUUCUAGCAUCGAGAUACAAUAAAAAAAAAAAAGAAAACAAGAAAGAAGAAAUACUAUUUCAAGGAAAAUGGCUCUCUUUGAAAAACAUGGAACCAAACUACAAAAUGGGGCCUCCUGAGGCUUCACGACAGAAAAAAACUAAACCCAGAACUUAAUCUUGGCCCCAGUGUUUAGCCGGUCAGAGAGGCUGGGACUGUGGACCAUUCAGGGACUCCUGGGGGCCUGUGAUGGGGUGGGGUGAGCUGGCGAGGGGGGCCUCCAGCAAUAUCAGAGCUCAAGGCCCACAUUCCCACCAGAGGCAAGUUUAGGGUCCAGCUAGGAGCCGGGCUGGGGCUCUUGAUUUUCUUGUCAAAAUUGCUACUCUUCCCAGCUCACACUCAACCUUUCUAGCAAGUAGCUUUAUGAGCCCCCAGAAGCCCAAGGAAACCCCUUGGGUGGAAGAAAUCCCAUUUCUGUCUAAGCGGACGAGGACAGCAGGUGGUCCUCCAUCCCUGCCUCCUGUCCCCUACUGUCCUCAGGCAGCCCUAAAGACAACUCUUGUCACAAGGCCAGUGAUUUCUGGAAGUGCCAGGGCUUCUAAGAGACCAUCAAGGGAACUUUAAAAACUUGACAGAUGUCCCUGAAGUGAGACUUCUCAUCUUUUAAAAAACGAUGAUUUGAUCUCCACUUCGGCAAAGCCCCCUGCUGUUCACUGCUUUCUGCCCGCUCUCGUCUCCCUGCUGCGGGCUUUGGGACCAGCCCUGCUGCCGCCAUGGUGGUAGCAAUCUAGACGUCAGGGAAAGCAUACAUGAAGUCCUGGCUGACAAGCUCAGGUGGCGAGAGAAGGAGGGAAAUCGGGGCAGAACCUCCUCAUUUUAUUGUUGGGAAACCAGCAUCUGGAGGGAGGAAGUGACUUGCCCAAUGUCAGCCAGCUGGGCUGUAAACCCAGUUUCCUGCUUCUCAGUGCAGGCCUCUUUCUGCUCUGUGACUACCAUCUCUGAGCUGUGCCCACCAACAGACAAGUUAUUUGAGGUCCUUCACCUGGCUGUUGGGUCACCAGGCCUUUCCUUGGAUAUGCUCUCAGGAAGAUUAAAAACGAUGGAGAAACAUUGGCCCAUCAAUAAAAGAUUACAGACAACUUUAGAGAACAACGUAGGAUGGAUGGAUGGAUAGAUAGAACUAGGUAGAUGGAGAUAAAUAGAAAGAAUAUACUCUGUGUGUGUGUGUAU